AUGAGCGGCGGCCGGAAAGCUGCGGUCUCCGGCAGCGAGGAGGCGGAGGUGGACGCUCUGCUCCGGGCGGCGCAGGACGCCGUGCUGCUGAAGCUCCAGGCCAACUCCCACCUCGUCUCCUCCACCUCCGCUUCCGCCUCGAACCCUCCUUCGCUCGACGCCGCCGCCGCCGCGCCCGAUCCCCUGGACGCCGACCUCGCCCGCCGCUUCGACGCGCUCAAGUCCCGCGCCCCGCCGCCGACGAAGCCGGCCGGAGAUGGAGCUGGGAGCGGGGGGCUGGAGGCGCGGUUCGCAGCGCUGAAGGGGGCGGCGGGGCCGGAGAAAGAAACGAGGGUUAGGCUGGAGGAUCUGGGAUGGGAGUCGGAGGACGAGGUGGACAAGGUGAUGCGGUGGGCCUUGGACGCCGCGCGUCUCGACGUCGCCACGGCUGGUGUCGGCGGCGGCGACAAGGCGAAGCCCGCCGAGGAGGAAGAUGACAAGGAUGAGAAGAGCAGCUUGAGUAGCGAAGAGGAUGACGACGACGACGAGAGAUUGCAGUUGGAACUAGCAAGGAAGAGGAAGGAGAAGAUGGGCAAGAGCAAGUCCAAGAACAGGUGGUUCUUUUGAUCUAUCCAAUCCAAUGUAGUAAAAUUUCACAUUCCAAGCCAAGAAUUUCAGACGAGCAAGCACAUCGUAUCAGAGAUUCUUCUUGAUAAUACUACAGGCUUGCA